UGAAGCUUGUAUUCUGUUUGCAAUUUACAUCACAGACUAUGUUUGCUGGCGUUUGAAGAUUGUCGGCAUUUGGCAUUGCAAUAACUUGGAAAUAACCUUAUAUUCUUUCCGCGAUUAGGUUCCUCAAUUAGUAAUUACUGUGAAACUCUUGUCAGACAAAUCAUAAACCCAAUUUAAGAUAAGAGUCCUUUCUGAUUUGCGUGGUUUAAAGUUUUAUGUGUUUAAAAUUUGUUUGAAAAGUGAAUAAAUUUUAACGUAGCUUGCCAAUAGUUUGUGUGAAUACUUAAAAUGGUUCGUGGUUCUGGACGUGGUGGUCGUGGAAUGCCAGGUCGCGGUGGAAUGGGCCGUCCUUUGUAUAAUAGACCCAGAGUUAUGAUGCUAAGACCUCCAUUCGACUUGAUACUUGCAGAACCAGCGUUUCCUAGAUGCAAACCAGCCCCUGAUGAUUCAGUCUUAACACAGGCUCUUCUCAAGAGACAUGCGGAACUGUGUCCAACUCCUGCAGAACAGAGCACUGUCCUGAGCUUAGUCACAAAACUACAGACAGUGCUUGAUAACCUUGUUGUUGCACCAGGGGACUUUGCAGCAUGUCAAUUAGAAGAGGUGAGACAAGUUGGCUCAUAUAAGAAGGGUACAAUGAUGGCAGGGAAGAAUGUGGCCGACAUUGUUGUGAUAAUGAAGACACUGCCCACCAAAGAAGCUGUUGAGGGAUUGUCAAAUAAGGUAAACGAGGAGCUGAAUAAAUUGAUGCGCGCAGAGUGCCUCGGCAAUGUGACUUCUGCUUGCCACGAGAGAGGAUUCACCGUGUCGACCACAACGGCCGCCGUGCGCGUUCUGGUCACCACUCUCCACCAGAACCUGAGGAAACUUGAGCCUGAGGUUCAUUUGGAGUACAAAGUGAUCAGCAGUCACUUGGCCGCUAUCAGACACAGCCGAUGGUUCGAGGAAAAUGCACAUCACUCCUCUAUUAAGGUACUCAUUCGGUUGCUGCGGGAUAUGUGCGCUCGUCACAGCGGUCUCGAACCCCUGACCCCGUGGAUGAUAGACCUGCUGGCGCACCACUGCAUCAUGAACAACCCCUUGCGGCAGGCGCUGCCCAUCAACGUAGCGUUCAGACGCGCGCUGUCGCUGCUAGCGGGCGGUCUGUUCCUCCCGGGGUGCGCGGGGCUUCCCGACCCGUGCGAGGCGGCACACGCCCGGGCACACACGGCGCUCGACUUGCCCGCGCAGGACCACGCAGCCGCCACCGCGCAGACGUUACUGCGCGUGGUGGCUCGCGGAGGUCACCGCUACGUUCUGGGGCUGCAGCCGUUCGAGGGAGGAAAGGACAUCUCCACGGAGAUCACGGUGUGGGACGGCGUGGUGGUAUCACCACUCGCGCCCGCUUACAACGAAACACCCGAGCCCAUGGACACAGACGACAAAGAUGAGGAAGGUGUUCAAGAUGGCGUCGCUGCGUAGACUAAGCUAUACAUUAUAUUUACUAUGACAUAAAUAAAUUUUUAUUUAAAGCGUA